AUGUCGCUGUGCCGCUCCGCUUUCCCAUUCACACUUUGUCCUUCUGCGCAUGCCGUACUUGUAGUAAAAACAUGGCGUCGGACAGUGAUAACGACGAGGACUUUGUGAGUUACGGGACUCCUCUGGAGCCUCUGGAAGAAGACGAGCCCCUAAAAAAGCCUGUCCCGCUCCACGAGCAGACGGUCAAAGAUGAGAAGGGACGAUAUCAAAGGUUUCACGGUGCCUUCACCGGAGGAUUUUCAGCAGGUUACUUCAACACUGUUGGCUCAAAAGAAGGUUGGACUCCAUCAACCUUUGUGUCGUCCCGGCAACAGAAAGCUGAAAAACAGAAUGCUAGACCCGAAGACUUUAUGGAUGAAGAGGACUUUGGCGAGCAUGGCAUCGCCCCCAGAGAGAUCACAACCAGUCAGGAGUUCUCAUCCAGCCGCAGGGACCAAUUCAGAGAGAAGGCAAGAGAGAUCAAUGCACAGGCUGCGAUUAUCCCAGGAGACACACUGCUGGAGGAUCUGAUCACGCCUGCCAGGUUGUCCAUUGGUGUGGAGCUGCUGAGGAGGAUGGGCUGGAGGGAAGGGCAGGGCGUUGGGCCUCGUGUGAAGAGGAAAGCUCGCAGGCUGAAGAAUGAUGGUGGAUCCAAAGUUCACGGCUGUUCUCUGCCUCCUGAGGGUUCAGAAGAAUCUGAGGAAAAUGAUGACAAUGAGGAGUUUGCUCCAGAGAAUGUCACAUUUGCACCCAAGGAUGUGACUCCUGUGGACUUCAGCCCCAGACUGGGGGUUCAAGGCCUGGGAUACCGUGGUCUGGACCCAGGUCUUGCGCUUCUGGGCCGAGAAGCAGCUGAACACAUUGACCUGUUUAGACCAGAGUCUGAGACGAGGACUCGGCUAUUUGGAGGCACACAGAAAGGAUCGCGCAGAGCAGGAGUGACCGGACAGGCAUUUGGGGUAGGGGCUCUGGAGGAUGACGAUGACGAAGAGGUGUACCACAGAGACUCCAUGUCCAGAUACGAUACGGUGCUGGGAGGAGAGGAGCCUGGAGAUGGGCUGUAUGGCUGGACGGCUCCGCAGCAGUACACCAAGAAAAGAGACAAAAGCAAAGAUGCCUCAUACCUUGGAAAAAUCCUGGAGGGAUUCACUCUGGCCCAGAAAACAGCUGAGGAGAAAACUAUCUUCCCUCCUCCCUCUCUGCCCAGGAAUUAUAGACCGGUCCAUCAUUUCAGACCAUCAGUGGAGGUUUUGACUCUCUCUGGGGUCAGCCCUGCUCUAGCUGAGGCUCUGAGGACCUCCAGGGGACACAUGGUUAAAGAAGAGUCCCAGCAGGUAGGACGUCAUCAGCUGGACUCUGGCCAGAGAAGGACACUGCUGGGAGAGGAUGGUCUACAAGGUCCCAGCUCAGUCAUGGAGCUACUCAGGCCAGAGGACAGAGAGCGUCUGCUCAACCUCCGCAACUCCUGUAACCCACCCUCCACUAAAACCCCCACCCUGAAGUCCACUGAGGCCCCACAGUCAGCUGGGUCAAUGGCAGGGACUUCAACAGGGGUGUUGUCCCAGAGCAGUGCUGCCUCGCACAGCCUCCAGCAGCAGCAGGAGGCUCUGGUAGCCUGGAAAGGUGUGCAGACCUCGACUCACACCUUCAAGCCAUUUGAGAAGAACCCAAGCAAACAGGCCCGCUAUGAGCUCUACCUGACCUGCCUCCAGCAGGGACAAAAAGAUGCCCUGGAACAGAGUCUGGACUCAGGGAUGACGGAGUGGGAGCGUAGCAGAGAAAGGGAUGAGUUUGUCCGAGCUUCCAUCCUGUACAGACCCACCUCCUCCUCCCUCUCCUCCCGUUUCACCAGAGCCAAGCAACAGGAGGACGAUGACACUGUGGAGGUCGCACGGGACCAGGAGGGCGACUUGGAUGACAAACAAGCUGCUAUCAAGAUGAAGAUGUUUGGAAAAAUGACCAGAGAAACGUUUGAGUGGCAUCCUGACAAACUGCUCUGCAAGAGGUUCAACGUCCCCGAUCCCUACCCCGGGUCAGGUUUUGUGGGUCUGCCCAAAGUGAAGAGAGACAAGUUUUCAGUCUUCAACUUUCUUACUGUGACUGAGAGCAGAGAGAUGACAGCUCCGCCAAAACCUUCAGAGUCCAGCAAGAAGUCUAGGUGGGAUGUUUCAGAUCGUAAAAAUGAGAAGAAGCACGGUGACUCUGAGAGUGAGCUGCACAACACUGCACAAACAUCUGAAACCAAACUGGAUCAAACGUCUGCACCAGCGCUUCCUGCAUUACCUGCCCCCGUUCAAACCUCAGCCGAGAAGACGGAGACAAAGCCAAUGGAUCAGGAGAGCUCAGUCACGAAGACAGAAGGAGAAGAAGAGGAGGAGGAUGAGAGCAGGCCUUCCAUGGAUCUGUUUAAAGCCAUCUUUGCCAGCUCCUCUGAUGAGAAGUCCUCAUCCUCAUCAGAGGAAGACGGUGAGGAUGAGGAAAACGAAACCAGCACAAAGGAGGAUGAGAGAAAAGUCGACAGUCAACCUGUGAAUCUGUUCAACAUCACCACCUCCUCCACCACCACCAACACCUCCACCACAUCCACCACAUCCACUCAGCCUAAAGCUGUGAUUUCAUCUCAAACCUUGACACAGGAAAUGGAGUUUGGUCCAAAGCUGCCUCCUCCUUCAGCGGCUUUCAGCAAAAGAGAGUUCACCUCUCGCUGUUCCGCUGAUGAAAAGGAAAAAGACCAGAAGAGGCAUAAAGACAAGAAACACAAGAACAAGAAACAACACAAACACAAGAAAGACAAAAAGAAAAAGCAUAAGAAACACAAACACAAAGGGAAGCAGCCAAAGUCUAAGAAGGAGGCGUCAGACUGCAGCUCUGAGGACAGCGAAGAAGAAUGGGUGUCCACCGAUGAUCUGCUCAGCAGACUGAAGAAAGUCCGGUCCCAUCAGAGCUGAUGACUCCUGUGAGGACAACCAAACCAGGAGCACCUUCCCCAACUUACUUUACUUGUCUUUUGUUGAAAGUAAUAAAGUGUUAAGCAUU